UCUCGUGUGUGUCUCGGGUCCCGCGCCAAUCCAAGGGCGCGUCUCUCAGAAUCUCGAAAAUAGCCUACCAAGAAAAUGUUCAAAUUCGGUGGACUCACCUGUCCAGAUCGUUCGUACUAAACUCUCUCUGGAUACUUUCACGACCACAUAAGACAGUCUCAACAUCAAGGGAGCAGCGACUGUCCCUCACACUCACUCUCUAGGCAGCUCAAUUACGGCACUGGGGGAUCGCCCAGCCUAGAUGACACCUUUCAAUCCCGUCCAAAUAUAGCCCCCGACAAUCUUGACCGUCCUGGACCACUGAUAAACUAUCUACCAUGUUCAAGAAGGCUCCAGUUCUGCCGCCCGAUAGGGACUUUACACAGAACCUGCGAGAGAUCUCUUUCUAUCGUUAUGGACACUUACGGACCCUUGGUCUCACUGGCGAAGUCACGGCUAUCGCUAUCGACCCUGUCCUCAGCUUGUUCGGCGUGGGAACCUCUUCUGGUAUCGUCCACGUUUAUGGGAACUCUGCCUUUCAGUUCAGUCUUCCUGUGGAAUCUGGAAGGGCUUGUGCUCCUGUCAAAUUCUUACUCUUCCAUCCAGGUCAUCAUAGGUUGAUCGUCAUUGACGAAGCGAAUACGCUGCAUACGUUUUCCCUCUCACACAUCAGCGAUCACACCAAUCCAUUGACGAACCCUCCAUUGCCGGUCAAAGAGGGUUCUUACACGCUCUGGGGCACCAUCACAGCUGUCGAACAGCCUUCGCCGAGCUAUACUCAUCUCUUCGUCACGAUGAAGGACGGGACGACCUUGUCGUGGGAUUUGAGUAGGAGAAUAUUGGGUAAUUGGAAGAUUGAGAAUUGCUGGAUGCAACAUGAGCAGAGGAUGAUAAGGAGUGGUAUUCCAAGCAGGCGAGGAAUAAAUGCCCCCCAUCCUAUGGGUACCUGUAUGGCUAUGAACCCCAGGGAUCUCAAUAUCUUGCUCAUAGGCUAUGAAGGAGGCGUAGUGGCGUGGAACAUCCAAAAGGCGGUCGUAGAGAAGACAUUCGAAAUGAUUCUGCCCCCAGGAGCCCCAGGAGGCGGGACGUAUAAUGAUGCGGAUCAACUCUGGACCGAACGCGCACCAAGCGUCACCUGUAUCGCAUGGCGACCCGACGGACUGCUAUUCGCUGUCGGUCACUCGGAUGGCUGUAUGGCCUUUUGGGCCUACGCGGAACCUGACAAACCGCUCAUGGUCCGGACCAUCACCCAUGAAGACGUCAACGUGACCGAUGCCGAUGAGCUCUUCUCUGCUGGCGUUUUAGACAGCCAGAUCAGGUCGAAAGAAGAACGACAAGAGAAGGGUUCAGCAGUUUCGGCGAAUCGAGAACCAAUCUUCAAGCUCGCAUGGGCAUCCUUCCCCGACCAACCUUCACUCAAGGCUCUGAUCGCCGCUCAGGGUACCGAGGCCGCUGGCGAGCCGCUAUCCAACGCUACGGUCGAUUAUGCUGAAAGAGGAGAGACCCUUUUGCUUAUACUUGGAGGUCAAAGUCCUGGAGAACCACCUGGAAUCAAUAUCAUCCAAUUCCCAGCGUAUAUUCCCCCUCCUCCCCCACCAAAGAUCAAGGGCGUCAUGCAGUCCGAAAGUCUUCCCUUACAAGACAGGUACGCCUUCCGGGAUUCGCUAGCGGCAACCGGGACAUCCAACUUCGUCACGCGUACACCUCCUGAGGAUUUCGUCCUCUUGCCUAGAUCGUCACCUUACUUUGCCCUUUCACACGACCCAAUCGCACUCAUAAUUUCUCUGACACCCGAUCCGAAGCUCUCCAGAACUACAGGUCCAACCGCUGAACGAGGUAUCGAAUGCUACAAAUUCCCACCACCGAGAUCUGGUAUCGUGCCUCCGUCACCUGGUAGGAAGAAUUAUGUACAACCCGGUGAAGGAGAGCGAUUGGUAGCGAUGACACCUGCUCCCAUGACUCGCGCUGGAUCCGCCAGUCCGAGGUCAGCUUCCCCCAGUCUUGGCGGCUGGAAGCUUCCCUGGUCAUCUUCCGCGCCGUCAUCACCAAACCUAUCUCCGACUACUCCCAAUAUGGCUCGAACUCCGUCUGGUCAAUCUGCUCGCGCGGCGUCUCCUAUGCUCAGAGUUCCGACGCCCGACUCGUUCAUGUCUAGGGGUAGUUCAGCUCUAGGACCGCGAAAGGUCAAGGAGCGGAAACGUUAUAGAAAUCCAUCCUCCCUUUGGUCAGGUAACAUGACAGUCAUGGGCUGCGAGCUCCAUUCGUUGCCAACGCCCGUGUUCAAACGGUUUAUCGCGUGGACGAUUGAGCAAAUGGGCGACGAGCUUGUUCCCAGGCUGCCUUUGCGCGGAGGCAUGGCAGUUCCUGAUCUGCAAUCUCACGGAGCUCCCGAAGUCAAAGUGGCCAAGAUGGAGAACUACCGUGUCCUCAUGACUUGGCAUCCGGAUGCCACCGUCCGAUUCUGGGACAUUUCACCUCAUCUGCUCCUGUUACCUACACCAUUACGUUUCGAAUACCCUGGACCUUUACCUCAUUUGACAAUCUCCCUUGGGUCCAUCCUACAGCACUCGGACGUCGCCCAUUUACCGAUUGCCAAAUUAUGGAAAACCGAUCGAGCCAAAGUUAGAAUUGCCUCGGUCCACUUGGCUCGUGAAGCUUUGGAAUGCACCAUCACCAUGACGACCGGUGAAGUCAUUGUCACGAAAUUUCAGGACGGGGAUGAGAAUGCUGGAGACACAGAGGACCUGAAUGACGACGAGGAGCGAGGAUACUUCCCCAGGAUGAAUCUGCCAGACUCGGCAGAAGAAGAAGGCUACGUGGAAGAGAUCACAGAGAUAGGACAUCUUGCAAAGACUUCAAUGGAUGGUUUCCGACCAGUCGCUAUCAUUACUCUCAAACGGGGCGAAGCCAGGAAAUGUGCAGUGUCUGAUAUAGGAUUUAUCGCAGUGUCAUACGAGAACAACUCACUCGCCAUCGUGGAUAUGCGCGGGCCGGAUGUCAUCCUGCGAGAAGGCUUUGACAGCGAAGGAGUAACGAUGAAGAAGAAGAAAAAGAAGGGCAACGUGCAGAAUGUACCUGGAGAAUCGUCGCCUGUCGCGGCGUUGAAGUGGGUCGUGGCUGGUCUAGGCACAGAUUCAACACCAAGACCUAGGUUGGUGGUAUCGUAUGCCAAGGGAAUGACCAAGAUUUACACAUUGGUCAAUGUCCUCGGUGAAUGGAUGGUCGAAGCCAAGCCACCAACUUUCACCAACGAUUCGCUCGCCAACCCCAUCGCGUCCUUUGUGGUCGAUCCACUAACCGGAAAUGAAAUGUCAGCUACUGCCGAAGCGCUAUCCAACGCCAUGAAGGCCGCUCAGAGUCCCGGGCCAGAGGGUAAAGCCAAAGAUGUGCCCCCGCAUUGCCUUUGGAUCGCGGUAUCGCGAAAGAGUAUUCGAGUGGCUGUCAACUUCAAUGGUGACAAAGUUGGAAAGGUUGAAUUGGAUGACGAAGAGUUGUCAGAGGCGUUUUACAUCACUCGGCAUGGCAAAAAGAUCCUCGUAGGACUUACUACAAAAGGUACGGCAUUAUUCUACAGCCUCCCAUUCUUAGAGUUCGUCACUCGAUUGGAUCUGUACUAUGGUCAUAACCCCCGAUCCAUCGGUCGUAUUGUUAUGGACGAUCGAUCAGGAGACUUCAUAGAGCACUCCUCGCCGCUCGAUAUCAAUCUUCGAACCCUUUUCCACUUCCGCAAACCCUUCCCGCCGCGUAUAGACCCAUGCGCCGUCAAGCACGCUAUCCCGGCUCAACCUCAACCCCUUUCGGCGAGUUACUUUGGCUGGAUGUGGGGCGCCGGACCUCUGACUGGCGCUCAACUCGAUAGUAUAGUCGCUGGACCAGCUAGACCACCACCACCGCCUCCACCUCCAGCUCCUCGGAGACCUCUGAUAUCAUGGGGCGAACCGCCAGCUAAAGCCGUGCCGAAACCCGAGCCGACGCCAUCAUUACCAUCUAAUACUCUGCCGAAGCGAACGGCCGUGACGAAGACGAAGAAUCCGAUCUUAGAUGCCCGGGAGCGAGAAGAUGCGUAUUCUGAAAUGCGCCGCGCAGCUGAAGAACGGGGCACCUUUUUAGAUGGUCUGAAUGAUUCCAUGAACAAUGUUCAGGUAUCUGCGGGCAAUUAUCUCACGUCUGCUCGGAAUGCAGCGAUGAAAGAGGCGGCGAAGAGCACAGCUAAAGGUGUUUUCGGCAAGCUGCUCUAGAUCUUCGGGCUUUGAUUCGGGCAUAGACUGCAGUGAGAUUGAUGGAUGGGACUACGGGACCCCUGUGAGGAUCAGUCCUCGUAUCAAACGUUGUGCUUGUUGUACAGUAAGAUACGAAAAGAUAUUUCGCACUAUGUAUAACUUUGGUGGUGG